GAGCAGUGCAACAUAAAAUACAGUUACAUAUAAAAAUUCAACUUUUUGCAUAAAAAGCUGUGUCAUGGAUGUUUGAUCCUAACAGCGUCAUGUCAUGUCCAAUUAUCUCUUAAUGUUCAUGAAUGAUUAAUCAUAGAUCGAACCUCUAAAUCUGUCCGGAUUUCGAAGUUGAAACACGGAUUUCUCGGUCAUUGAAAAAAUACAAACGUAUCAUUUGCCCCUUUUAGAGUUUGCUGAGAAGAAGAGAUGAAAUGACACGAGUUAUUUGGAAAUCAAUCAAGGAUAAGCUCAUCCUUCCCUUUCUGGAGUUGGAUAUAAAAUACUUUGACCUUGGCCUUCCCCACCGUGAUGCCACAGAUGAUAAAGUUACAGUUGAAAGUGCGGAAGCCACUCAAAAGUACAACGUAGCUAUUAAGUGUGCAACCAUUACUCCAGAUGAGACCCGUAUGACGGAGUUUAACUUGAAAUCCAUGUGGAGGAGCCCAAAUGGGACAAUCAGAAACAUCCUAAAUGGAACGGUCUUUAGAGAACCAAUUAUGUGCAAAAAUAUUCCCCGACUUGUCCCAGGCUGGACUAAACCAAUAUGCAUUGGUAGACAUGCGUUUGGAGAUCAAUACCGAGCUACUGAUACAGUUAUUAAAGGAGCUGGAAAACUCAAAUUGGUGUUUGUGCCAGAAGGAUCAGACGAGAAGACUGAAUUUGAAGUUUACAACUUUACUGGUGCUGGUGGAGUAGCUUUAUCCAUGUACAACACAGACGAGUCUGUUCGCGCAUUUGCUGAGGCGUCAAUGAACAUGGCAUACCAAAAGAAAUGGCCCCUCUAUCUUAGUACAAAGAAUACCAUUCUGAAGAAAUAUGAUGGGAGGUUCAAGGACAUCUUCCAAGAAGUUUAUGAAGCAAAUUGGAAGUCCAAGUAUGAGGAAGCUGGAAUUUGGUACGAACACCGUCUUAUCGACGAUAUGGUUGCUUAUGCUUUAAAGAGUGAAGGUGGUUAUGUAUGGGCCUGCAAGAAUUAUGAUGGUGAUGUACAAAGUGAUUUCUUAGCACAAGGUUUUGGAUCCCUUGGGUUGAUGACAUCUGUCCUGGUGUGUCCUGAUGGGAAGACCAUUGAGGCUGAAGCAGCUCAUGGAACUGUUACUCGCCACUACAGGGUUCACCAGAAAGGUGGUGAAACCAGCACAAACAGCAUUGCCUCGAUCUUUGCCUGGACUCGUGGACUUGCACACAGGGCAAAGUUGGACAACAAUGAAAGGCUCUUGGACUUUACUGAGAAACUAGAGGCAGCAUGCAUUGGUGCAGUGGAAUCUGGAAAGAUGACCAAAGAUCUUGCACUCAUCAUCCAUGGGUCCAAGCUUUCAAGAGAGCAUUACCUGAACACCGAAGAGUUCAUUGACGCUGUGGCCGAUGAGCUCAAAGCAAGACUGCUGAAAGCAAAGGCCUAAAUGUUUGGGUGGACAAGAUGACAAGUCUUUUUUCUCGGGCAGUUUGAGGGAUACUGAAGAGAAUAAAAGGAUUUAGGGCCUUAUUGGUAUACUCAAUUUCAAGAGGUUUUUAUCUUGCAGGUUGGGGAGUUACCCUCCAGCCUCCAGGCACUAUAUUUGAACCAUUUAAAUCUGAAUUUGUAUUGCUGAUAUUGCUGCAAGUUAUAUGCCAAUUUGCAGUUGUACACUUAGCUUAUUGUUUUUUUAUCAUUUGGCUAAAAGAAGCCCCUCUUCAUUAA